AUGACGUGGAUUGCGGAAUGGUUGGGUAGUCUACCGACGCCGCUGCUGCUGCUGUUGUCCGCUGCGCUCCUCGCUCUUGUCUGGAUCCUAGCCCUCCUCAUAUCGCGGCUCCUUCUCCUGAACGCAGGGAUCAGCGGCUCAGAGACAGAGGCUCUAUUCAUGGAGGACCCAACUUCAGUGGACAAGGUGCCGCUGCCGUCUCUGUUUGCCCCGGCAGAGAAAUACCUCACUGUGGUGUGCCCUGCUUAUAACGAGGACAGAAGAAUUGCGGCCACUCUGGACGAGAUUAUCAGUUAUGUGCAGGAGCGAUCAGCCAAGGACGCAGCGUUUACCUACGAGGUCCUAGUGGUGGACGAUGGCAGCACGGACAGCACAGUCGCCGUGGUGUUUGACUGUGUUAAACGGCUUGGGAUCGACCGCGUGAGGGUGGUGAAACAGCGGGUCAACCAAGGGAAGGGAGCAGCUGUUAGGAAGGGCGCGCUGUGCUCACGGGGGGAGCUCAUCCUUUUUGCGGAUGCGGACGGUGCAACGCGGUUCACAGAUCUAGAGAAGCUGGAGAGAGGGAUUGUCAGCAUGACCAAGGGGGGACCGGUUGACAGCCAAUCAGCUGUCGCCACGUGUCCUGGCAUUGGCAGCGCCUCCUUGGUGGCUUUUGGUUCGCGCGCUCAUCUUGAGAAGAAAGCGCUCGUCAAUCGCAAGUGGUAUCGCAACGUGCUCAUGUACGGCUUCUACUUUGCAGUGCUGCUUGCUACAGGGGGGACGGGAGUGAGAGACACACAGUGUGGAUUCAAAAUGUUCACUCGCUCAGCUGCCCGGAAACUCUUCCGCAAUCAGAGGCUCAACAGAUGGACGUUUGAUGUGGAGCUGCUGUACCUGUGCAAGAAGCUGCACAUCAGGGUGGCAGAGGUUGCAGUUGCCUGGACGGAGAUCCCAGGGUCCAAGCUCCGGCCUACCAGCAUACUCCAUAUGCUCUUUGAGCUUUCCCUGAUUCGCAUCGGUUACGGGCUGCGCAUUUGGAAGAUCAAACAGGACCUCAUCAACAAUUAG